CUCCUCAGCGUCCCUAUAUAUUCUGAUUGUCGCGGAGUACAAAAACAAUAGACCACAACUCCCGGAGUCGGAAAACUGGAAACCCUAGUGUCUCUGUUAUCGUCGUCUAGGUUCAUCCCAUUUGUUUCAGAAUGGCGGAUUCUCCUCGUGCUAGGUCUUCACAUUCUCCUUCCCCUUGGCAAGGAAAUUCCAGAUCUAGAUCCAGGUCCAAAUCAAGGUCCAGGUCCAGGUCCAGGUCCAGGUCCAAAUCAAGGCCCAGGUCCCCAUCCCGCUCUAGGUCAAGGUCUGGGAGUCGUGUCAGGGAUGCUUCAAAUCCUGGUAAUACACUUUAUGUAACUGGUCUGUCUACAAGAGUCACAGAAAGGGACCUCGAAGAUCAUUUCUCUAGGGAGGGAAAGGUAAUUUCAUGUCGACUGGUUGUGGAGCCUCGGACACGCAUCUCUCGGGGUUUUGCUUUUGUGACCAUGGACACCUUAGAAGAUGCUGACCGUUGCAUCAAACAUCUGAAUCAGUCAGUUCUGGAAGGCCGGUAUAUAACUGUGGAGAAGUCGAGGAGGAAACGCCCAAGGACACCCACACCUGGAAACUAUCUUGGAAUGAAAAGUUCCAGGGAAUCAAGUUAUCGUGGUGAUCGUGGUCGGUAUCGUGGUGGCUAUGGCCGUGAUGAUUAUGGGUAUCGAAGGUCUCCUAGGCGCUCACCUUAUCGAGGGGGCCGUGAUUAUUCUCCUAGGCGUUCUCCUUAUGGUGGUAGAUCAAGAAGAGAACGCUCUAGGUCGCUCCCUUAUUCUCCAUAUGGUAGCCCAGAAAGUGGCCAUGGGCGUAGGGAUGUAUGUGCAAGAUAGAUGGUUCUUAUAGACAAAAUAGUCCUGCUUAGAGGUCACAUAGGAGAUCCUUCGGUAUGUUAUCUACUCUUUUUUUUUUUUAGUCGACCCAAAUUAUCUACUUUACUGUCUUGGAUUUGGAAUACUGGGGAUGUUGGACAUAGCUGAUUAUUCAUUUGUUUUCAGUUGAUGAAUCCCAUUGCCACCUUAUUUCA